UUGAAUUCCAUUCAGACUGCUGUGCAACAUGGAUCGAAAAUUUAUCUCAGAAGAGAGGCAGAAAUUCAGAGCUUGUGUUUCUAAAUUACGGAAUUUAGUGCCAUCUAACAAUGAAGAUAGUAGAAAGACCCUUAAUGCUCUUUUGGAUGAAUUCAAUUCUCUAGACUAUUCUAUUUAUGGGUUGAUUGACGAGGAUGCUGGCCAGAUCUUAUGCCAAGCAUGCCGUAUAGUCCCUCUUCAAGACAACUUGAUGGUUACCAAAGUCUGCCAGCUGAUAGUCAUCAUUACUCAUCAAAAGGUCAAGCUAUCUAAACCCAGUACUACAGUGCUGCUAGAGUUUGUGAUCGGAGUGAGCAAGCAAUGUGUAUCCUGGAUGCUUCCGGACACCCUAAGGGCUCUCGGUGCUGUGCUCUAUGAAAAUGGACCAAAGUGUGAAACGUUUCUUGAGGAGAUAUUGAUGCCUUCUCCUCCAGGACUCCUGCAGAAGAUGGUCUUGUCACAUGACCUCGAGGUGAGACGGACUGCUAUCCUCUGCAUUGCUAAUGCUUGUAUGAAGAGUGACGAUGGGAGAGUGAUCAGUGAACCUCUUCUUAGUCUCAGUUUUGAUGUAAUCUUAUCGGCGCUUCAUACUCCCAAACCAGCUGGUUGUGAUGACUACACACAGGUUAGAUUCCUAUUAGGAUGUCUUCGUGGUUUACAGAACCUUUUGUCUGCCCAGAAGAACAUCCAUGUUGACCAUCUGGGCUCGGUCUUGGCAGCUCUAAAGAGCUAUUCCCUGUACGGUCUACCAGGCAUUGGUACCAACCUGCAGAUCCCUUCCACCCUCUUCCCUUCCUCCCUCUACCAAACCAGCCCAUCCCCUGCCAAACCCAGUACACAGCAGAAAGGGGAUGAUGUUUCAGAGGGGAGGGGAGCACAAGGUGUAACACCCAAGUCAUCUACAGGGAGGAAGAACAAGAAGAGAGGAGGCAAGAAGCAGCAGGAGAAAGAGCAAGCAAAACAACAACGAGAGAAACAGGAAGAAAGUCCAACAGUUUCCAUCAAACAGGGAGGACAUCAACCUGAUGGAACGGCCACAGCAGAUGGCUCUUCCAACCCAGACACACUCUCCUUCUGGCCGAGCUGGGGUAGAGUGAGCAGUUCAGAGUCAGAGUACUCGGAUUCAGAGGGAGGGCAGGUAUCAAAACUAAGAUCAGCAUCCUCUAAAGUGAGACAGGCAUCUCUAGGGUGUCUGCACAGUGUGGUGAAGAACACGGAUAAGAGACAGAUGUUCGGUUUCUGGUCAGCCUUCGUACCAGACUCUCCUCCCACAGGAGGUCACAACACACAGACCCUCUUCACCUGUAUGUUAAAGGACCCCUCCCCAAAGGCCAGGGUGGCAAGUGUUGCAGUCAUCAUGGCUCUCCUAGAUGGCUCCAAGCAGUUCCUUAUCGCAGCUGAUGAUAGGGUCCAGAAGAAAACAGCAUUCACACCUUUCUCCUACACACUAGCAUGUACCAUCAAGGAGGUCCAUAGAAGCCUUCUAUUGGCUCUAUUAGCAGAGAGCUUUCACACUACAAUCACCCAGAUCAUCAAGUGUCUUUCCAUGUUAGCUAUGAAUGUUCCUUACAAUCAUCUUGAAGCUGGCCUCCUCACCAGGAUCAUCAGAGCGCUCAAACCAUUCUUCUGCCACAGAGAUAGCAACGUAAGGACAGCCUGUCUGACAUGUGUAGGAGCUGUCCUAGGUGCCAGCCCCCCGCUGGAUGAAGUCACCAAGCUCAUGGAGAGCAGCGAGAGACCAAAGGCAGGUGGCUCCGGAACCCUGAUGCUACGGCUCCAAGCCAACCGGUCAUCGGACAAUGCUGAAAGUCCCUCGGACGAAAGCAGAAGAGACGGUCCUGGAGGAUCAGGAAGCCUUGCUGACAUGGUGGGACAGGAUCCAGAACAGGCCUCAGGUGUCCCCAGUGCAGGAGGAGCGGAUGUAACUGAACAAGCCUUGGAUAGGUUGUCAUUGAGAGAUGGACAAAGUGCCUCUGGAGGACCAGAGGUCUCUGAAGACAGGACGGUGAACUCUGCUGCAGAGACUGAUAGUGGUGUCCGUAUGUCUUGGUUGGUGACACUGUGUAGUGACAUCUGCUUGCCUGCUGACACAUCAGAGUAUGCAGCCAAUAGUCUCAAUGAAAGGUACAGCAUAGAAUCUCUACCAGUGCGGAUUGAGUCCCUCCAAGUGUUAACCCAGAUGGUGAAAGGAUACGUUCAUAUCAUGAGAGGCAUCCUCAUGCACCUUAGUCAUAUCAUCAUUGAAUGUCUGUCAGAUAGAGACUCACAGAUACAACUCCACAGUCUUAAGGUUCUUGAAGAGCUUGGGAAGGCUCUGUUAGAGCAGCUUGAUCCUGAGGUGGAUAAAUCAGUGAAACUCAACCCUCCUCUUCAACCCCAAGAGGCGGUUGAAGUGUGGAAGAAGCUGUUAUCAGGGGCAUUACCCAGAAUCCUCCAGGACUCGUCGAACAGCGUCCUCCAGUCCUGUGCAUGUGACUGUCUCUCUACCAUCGGAAACCAGGUGUUUGAACUACUGGAGGUAAGCUCUUUCUCAUCGUUCACGUCUCAGACAAAUACCAUUAGGGGUGUCCGGUAAGGGGUCGUCAGCAAAUCUUUAAUAUCCUUAGGUUGUCACCGAAUCACUAAAAUAGAUGAUCAGAAAAUCAACAAUCUGGGGAACAGUUCGUUUUUUUUCUUGUUCUCUUCCUUGCUAGUUGAAUAGUUUUUAUAGUUUUUCAGCAAAUCAACAUUUAAAUUAAGUCCCCUAAAGAUUGGCACACCUAAAUGCGAUUACCUUUCC